UCCUCCAAUACUAUGGUGAGCAGUAGACUAUUUUGGACGACGAUUAAUAUUAAUGAUUUAGGUUAAGUGACAACAAAAAAUUGCUGAAGCACAAUUUUUCUUGUAGUUAAUAGUACAUUAUGGCAAGCGUUCCUGGUUUUACAAUAGAAACUGCAAAGGCUAUAUUGACAGAUGUUCUGACAGCAUUGAGCACACCAGAAAACUUGCAAAAACUCGCUGAGGCGAAAGAAAAUUCUGGCAAUGAAAUGUUGAAAAUGAUGCAGUUUGUAUUUCCAUUGGUAACACAAAUUCAAAUGGAUGUCAUAAAGAAUUAUGGAUUUCCAGAAGGAAGAGAAGGUACCAUACAAUUUGCACAGCUCAUUAGAGCUUUAGAGAGAGAAGAUGCUGAAGUAGCGCAAUUAUAUAGUCAGGUUCGUUCGUAUUUUCUCCCAUCAGUUACGAUAAAUUCUUCAACUGAAGCAUCCCUUUAAAUUACAUUAAAUUAAAAUAUAAACUAUUAGAUAUCAUCGUGUAGAAAAAAUUUAUAUUAUUUUUAUUUUAAGCAUAAUUUAACAAAUAGAAAGUUGUUCUAUGUAAUAUUCUAUGGAAAUAAGUAAUAGGUAUAUGUGUAUCUUUUUACAUAUUUUUUAAUAUUUUUAUAAAUUAAAUCUUGCAAUAACUAGUUUCAUUACUUAUGUUAAGCUUAGAAUAAAAAAAACA